AUGUCGACGCUGAACCGCGCAUUUCAACACUUAUUUGACCGACUCACGAGUGACAUGGCACCUCACGAUCAAGUUCGCUUGAUCCUCAACUCAGAUCAGCUGGACAAAUCCAUUUCCUUGCCUUUCUUACAACGCGAUCGUCUGACGCCUGAACGUUUCUUGGCUGCUGUCGAACGCGUCGUGCAGUUCAAUGACCAAUUUUCUUUGGAUGACUCUGUCAGUGUCAACGUGGUCCAUGUCGAAAUGCCUCAGGGUGGCACCGGUCGUAAGCGUGAUGUUGUGAACUUGGAAAGUUACUUGACGAAAAAACGAGGCAUAGUUCAAAUAAAAAACAAAGAUGAUCUCUGUUGUGCCCGCGCGAUUGUGGUGGCCAAAGCAAAAUUGGAUAACGAUUCGCAGUACAAGAGUAUCGUUAGUCGCACUGGAACACUGCAAGAUCGUUUAGCCCAAGAACUCCACGCGUCUGCAGGUGUUCCUCUUGGUCCCUGUGGCAUCCCGGAAGUCUAA